AUGUACGCCGUCAGCAUAUCGCUGGGCUCCAGCAGCGCUGUGGUGGCCGUUGCCGCCGCCACUACUACGGCCACUGCCGCUGGAGCAGAGACGGUAGCGCCGAUUAAAGUGAUCGCCAACUCCGCGGGUCACCGCUCAACACCAGUGAUGGCCGCCUUUGCGGGCAAUGAUGAGGUACUCUUUGGUGAAGACGCUCGUGCCUUGUACCCACGCACGCCGAACCUUGUGGUGCCGUACCUGUUCGCCUUUGCUGCCGUUGCUGAGCAGCACCGGCAUCAGCAACGCCAUGGCAGCGACGCUGCUGAUGCUAACAAGGGCAAUAGUGAAAGUGCCGUGAAGGAGAAUGUUGCGAAGGCCCUUCAGUGUGGAGUUGAAGAGGCUGCGAAGAGGCACUACAAGGGUUAUUGCCCACUCGUAAUUAGAGAGAGUGAUAAAGCGGGGCGGCUGGGGUUUUUCCCUCCAAACCAGAGUGAUGAAGGGGAGGAAAAUAAUGAUUUUGUUACUGCAGAAGACAUGCUGGUGGAGUUCUUUAACCACGUAAAAAGGCAUACCGUGGACGCCGCCUGUGAACUGACAGCUACCGCCGAAAAAUCGCCCACACUGGAAGGGCCACCACAGCGGGAAGGGAGAGCGAAGAUUAUUCUCACAAUUGUGGUGCCACGGUAUUUGUUUGCGGCGGUGGUAACACCAACCAAGGCUCUGCAAGGGAGUGCGGGUGGUGACGCUCGAGACGCAGUUCAGUGGGUGAGGAACGCGAUUCUCACUUCCCACUUGGGAGCCGUUGCGGCGCAUGUGUCGGUACUUUUUUCUGACGAGGCGGCCCUCUUGGCGAUGGACGCUGUCUCAUGUCGCCCACAUCCGUCUCAUCCCAUGGCAGGCCACUACUUUCUUCUGCCGGCUUCCGCCUCCACAUCAUACGGGGUGACAGCUGACGGUAAGGUUGCCUCACCGUGGCCGUAUUCACGUGUACUUGUCGUGGAUUGGGGCGCGCUGGGUGUCUCAUUGACGCGUCUUCGCCUAGAAGGUGGCUGCCUCGUAGAUGAAGCGAGACCUCUUUUUCUUCGCGCCUGUCAGGCCGGGGUGGAUUCUCAGGAGGCGCAGUUUGGCUUCGCCGCGGCAGCAUGCGGUGGGGGCGACGCCGUCAAUUUGGCGCUCCGCGAGCGCCUUGCCACGACCUUUGCGCAGCAGCAGCGCCGCGUCUUGGGCUAUCAGUCACUCAGCGAUUUCCCCGUCCGUGCCCAGCGUCGGCUGCUGCUCGUUGCAGAGGAGAAGAAGGUAGCGCUGAGCAAGGCGGCCCAGGUCCCGGUGGAGGUUGAGGCACUGGCGGAGGGCAUUGACAUGCGGGACACAGUGACGUUUUCGCGUGUUCGCGUGGACUCCGCGCUGCGGGGGGAAUGGAAGUUUAUUGAGUCCUUUGAAAAGGUUCUUGCGGAAUACCUGCAUCUUUUGGAAGAAGCGGGGGAUGGGGCUAUCGACGCUGUGGUUCUCUGUGGGGGUAUGAUGCAAAUGCCUUGCAUUGCGCAGUCCGUACGCCAUAUUUUUACGCAGCGUGCUCUCAUGCCAGGCACGGGGCCUUGCCUGUUUGCCCGCAACCUUGUCAUCAUGGAGGCGGCAACAAGCACGACAGUCGUGGAAGAUAGUUUAAGCGAUGGUGGCAAGAGUUCCUCACAGUUGCUACAGAACAAGAAUAUAUUUGGGGCGGAAGAACUUCCAUGUGUGGGCGGGUGCCUGCACAGCUACCACCUUGCCCUUGCCGCCCUCCAAGAACGAGAGCACGGAUACCAGGAUGCUGCAAAGGGUGGAAAAAAUGGGAAGAAAAAACUAAGUCUUGGACCUAAAAGGCAGGAACUGGCUGAGGGGGCACGGCGUGUGUGGCUUGCCCUCACCCUUGACGAUUCGGGCAGGCAUGGAGAUGAAAAUCGUCGCUGCAACGAGGUUGCGGUGCUGCAACAGCCGAUUUUUAUCUACACGCAGCCCAAUCUUGAGGCAUUGCGCUCAGCUCUGGCACUUCAGCAGAAGAAGGAUGCUCCUCUGCAAAUUCCCACGGCGGCAUUAUCUGUCCUGUUUACGGCCCACACACUUCUUCCUGCACGCGUUGUGGUGCCGUUGACCGGAGCCAGGCAGAAUGCGGUUGUUCUUUACCUGUUUAUGGGGUCUGAGGACAAUGCGCAGCUGCCGCAUCACAAAAAGGGUGCACCUGAUGCAACGAACGCGCUUUCCUGCGUCAUCCCAUUGAGUGACAAGGGUGUGCCCCUCCCAGUGGUUGAGGAAGAGGAAGCAGGGGAAAAGUGGAGGAACCGUAUUGUAUUCACCUUGAGCGAAGAUGAGAAAAGCGACGCAACCUCAACAGGAGAUGCGGCCACAACGGCGCCCUUGCAGUUGCUGAUACAGCUGGUGCGGGUCCCCACGCACGCCUCUGAGUCAGCUAUGAUAAGCCCAGGAGAGGUGCAGGCAAGCGUCACGCUGGACCUCGGUGAACAGUGA